GAGCGACUCCAGAUGUGCGCCGCCCGCCACAUUCGCUCGCAAGUCGACGCCAGCGUCAUCACGGCCAAUCAGGGCAGAAGGUCUCUUCCUUCAAGAGCACCCACCCCUCUUCCGCGACAUCUUCCCUCCGUUCGCGUCGAACCACCAGACGCACGCACACACACGCGAGACGACGGCCUCCAACAUUGCCGCGAAGAAAAAGAAGGAACGAAAAAAAAAAAGAGAGAAACACGAAAACCAAAAUGCGACCCCGGAGCUGACUUUCCAGUCGUUCCGGCGACUCGGCACCGCCAACAUCGCCGCUGGAAAGCCGACGGAAGGCCACGCGAACCCUUCGAGAUCAAGUGCGGCGGCAACCGCGCGGCAGAGACCUGUGCCCGUGGCACUGCACCUAGCGACACAAACGCGACCCGCUCCUGUGCGUUUCUUUCCGCUCGACCGCCGAAGGACGACGUCUCGUUUCACGAACCCUGAACCCUCAGACCCUGGCACUUCGACGGCUGCAGCGACCGCACGUCAGGCCGAUAAGUGAACGCGAGUCGCCGGCAUCGCCUUCCCGUUGGUGCUAGGAGGACGGCGCCAGCUGGACCUUCGCCGUAACGCGCCUCCCUUGAAGCUGUACACGUCAGUUUGGACGCGGCCCGCCCAAGGACUGCUCCUUCGGUCAUGACGACCGAGCGCGACGCACUGAGGCUAACUACACGGUCGGUAGGCCUCACGGCCUUCUUCGUGUUGUCGUCGGUCUUCGGCGGGGCGACCGGUGACAGCCGAGAAGGCGGCGGUCCUCCCGAGGCCAGGUCGUACCUCACGCACGACUUCGACCUCUCGUCGACGCUGUGGCAAACGCUGUCCUCGACGUCCCCGUCGGGCCUCGCCGUCACGCUACGCGACGCCCCGCUGAGGCCCCGGUUCAGCCAAGAGCAGGCGCUACUGGAACUACAGUUCACGGGCGACACCACACACGGUCUACGACUGGCGCUCGAGGGCGCCCAGAGAAGACUGCGGUUGAGGUCCACCGACGUCGCCCGAAGAGGCAUCGUAAAUGGCUCGUCGACGCCGCCGACGUCCUCGGCGGUGGACGUUGCCGGAGUGCCCCGGGAGGUCGUCCUCCUGUUCUCGACGUCCGAAGGACAGCGGGACGCGAUGCCAAACACGGACGUCCACGUCUUCCUCGACUGCGAGGUACAGGAGCAGCUCUCUCUCUCGCUUCCCCUGAAGGAGAUGGCUCGCCAGUCGACCGGUCUCAGGGUCUAUCGAGACAAGAGGAUCAAGGUUGACACUGUGCGUGACGUCACGCUGGACAACGUGCUCCGCAGGGCGUCCACGUCCUGCGGCCGACGGGAGGCCCUGACGACGCCGUCGGUGACAGCGCAUGACACCAGAAGCAGCAGCAGUAGCGGCCGAAUGGCGAUGACGUCCGAGGGCGUCGUACACAGCGACGAGGUGUCCGGCGACGUACACUUGCGCGGAGACAUCGGUCGCCUAGCGACCCGGGCCCUCAUCGAUCUCAUCGACAUGCUGAGCGAGUCCAAGAAGGCCAUCGAGGUGCAGACGCGAGCCCUCCUGAUGCUGACCGAGACGCUGUCCCGCUGUCGCCUCUGCCAGCGGCACCAGGACGACGUGGUCAUCAACGUGGGGGCGGCGCCCGCGACUUGCGCGAGCAGGCCCUGCUUCCAGGGCGUGCAAUGCAUGGACAUGCCGCACGGGGACUACCGGUGCGGGCCCUGCCCGUCGGGUUACACGGGCGACGGCGUCCGGUGCCAACCGGUAGACAGGUGCGGCCAGGAGAAGCCCUGCUUCCCGGGGGUACAGUGCCGCAACACCCCCGGAGGGGGCUACCACUGCGGACCGUGUCCGGAGGGAUUUCACGGCAACGGCACCCACUGCGAGGACGUGGACGAGUGCGACGCGGCCAACCCGUGCUUCCAGGAGGUGGCGUGCGUGAACGAGUCGCCCGGCUUCCGGUGCGGCCCCUGCCCGCGCGGUUACGAGAGCGGCGAGGAGGUGCACCGGGGCGUCGGGCUGGUCUUCGCGCGCUCCUCGCGACAGCAGUGCCGCGACGUGGACGAGUGCGCCGACGGGCGGAACGGCGGAUGCGUGCCGAACUCGCGCUGCAUCAACACGCAGGGAUCGAGGGUGUGCGGCGAGUGCCUCCCGGGCUACCUGGGCAACCAGACGGCCGGCUGCCACCCGCGGCCGGGCACCUGCCCCGACGGGACGCUGUGCGACGCGAACGCGGACUGCGUGCCGCCCCGCCCCGGCGGGCAGCACCCCGGCGGCGAGGAGCGGGGCUACUACGGCUGCCGCUGCCGCGUCGGGUGGGCCGGCAACGGACGCCACUGCGGGCCCGACCGGGACCUCGACGGCUGGCCAGAGGUGGCGCUGCCCUGCAGACAGGCCCGCUGCCGUCCGGACAACUGUCCGGGCACCCCGAACUCCGGCCAGGAGGACGCCGACGGCGACGGCCAGGGCGACGCCUGCGACGACGACGCGGACAACGACGGCGUGCCCAACAACCCGGACAACUGCCCGCUGGCCGCCAACCCGGGGCAGGAGGACAACGACCCGGACGGACCCGACCACCAGGGCGACGCGUGCGACAACUGCCCCCUGGUGUCCAACCCGGACCAGACGGACUCGGACGGCGACGGGCGGGGCGACGUCUGCGACGGGGACGCCGACGACGACGGCGUACCCAACGAGCGCGACAACUGUCCCACGGUGCGGAACAGGGACCAGGCCGACAGCGACGGGGACCGGCUCGGCGACGCCUGCGACAACUGCCCCAGGGUGUCGAACUACGACCAGGUGGACACGGACCGCGACCUGGUGGGCGACGCCUGCGACGACAACAUCGACCGGGACAGGGACGGCGUCCAGGACAACCGGGACAACUGCCCCGACGACCCGAACGCGGACCAACUGGACACCGACGCGGACGGAGACGGGGACGCCUGCGACUUCGACAAGGACAACGACGGCGUGCCCGACAGCCAGGACAACUGCGCCCUGGUGCCGAACCCGGACCAGCGGGACACGAACCGCACCGGGGUCGGGGACGCCUGCCGCGACGACUUCGACGGCGACUCGGUGCCGGACGCCCUGGACGUGUGUCCGGACAACCGGCGGGUGUACGCGACCGACUUCCGCGCCUACCAGACGGUGGUGCUCGACCCGGAGGGAGACUCGCAGAUAGACCCCCACUGGGUGGUCUACAACAAGGGCGCCGAGAUCGUGCAGACCAUGAACUCGGACCCGGGGCUGGCCGUGGGCUUCCAGCACUUCGGGGGCGUCGACUUCGAAGGCACCUUCUUCGUGGACACCGAGGUGGACGACGACUACGUGGGCUUCGUGUUCGGCUACCAGGACAACGGCCACUUCUACGCCGUCAUGUGGAAGAAGAGCAGCCAGACGUACUGGCAGGCGACCCCGUUCCGGGCCGUGGCCGAGCCCGGCAUACAGCUCAAGCUCGUCCACUCGGACACCGGGCCGGGCGAGACGCUCCGCAACGCGCUCUGGCACACCGGCCACACGCCGGGGCAGGUGCGCCUCCUGUGGCGCGACCCCCGCAACGAGGGCUGGAAGGAGAAGGUGGCCUACCGCUGGCUGCUGCUGCACCGCCCGGAGCUGGGCCUCAUCCGGCUGCGCAUCUUCGAGAGCGACCAGAUGGUCGCCGACUCGGGGAACAUCUACGACUCGGCGCUUCGGGGCGGGCGGCUGGGCGUGUUCUGCUUCUCGCAGGAGGCCAUCAUCUGGUCGGACCUGGUGUACCGUUGCAACGAGGCGCUGCCGGACGCCGCCUACCGGGACCUGCCGCCGGAGCUGAGGAAGAAGGCGCGCCGGGACAACGUCACGCCGUCGCAGGUGCCGCUGGGACCGGUCGUCUUCAACGACAACAUGGUCUAGCUUUCUCUAGAAGCAAGACGCUCGGAGGAGAAGAGUCCCGGAAGGAAGGCCUCGCGCAGUCCUUCUCCUCCUCCUCCGCGUUUCCAUGCGGCUACACCACGCGGGGGUAGUCUUCAACGACAGCAUGGUCUAGCUUCUCUGCAAGACGGUCGGAGGAGAAGAGUCCCGGAAGGAGGGCCUCGCGCAGUCCAUCACCUCCUCCUUUGCCACGUUUUCAUGCGGCUA